AUGGUUCAGGACAACGUAUCUGAACAUGCUAAAAUUGUUGGAGUUGCAGAACGCCUGGACACCCUUCUUCUGGACUGCAAAGACCUCAAUUCUGCACAGUGGGGCUCUCUAGAGAAUGAGGCUGUUAUUGCUGUCUUUUCACUCUUAUACUGCUGCAUCAUGGAAUGCUACGAGCUCAAACCUACUCCUCUGGCAAUCUCGUCUGUAUGCGAUCAAUUUGACGCCUGCAACUUGACCCUCCAAUGCGUGUGUGAUGCAGCUAUGAUGGAUCUGAACUACAGGAGAUGGGCAUCUUCACAGCAACGGAAAACUGCAGAGGCCAUCGAUCAAAUGGACAAAAGGGCCAAGCAUUGGGACGACAUGAAGCAGACCGGGCCGGCCGUAUACUAUUCUCGGGCGCUUCUUGAUCUGUUGAGGAAAGAUUGUGUGUGA